CUGAGACUGAAAGAGGAUUCUACUCUGUGCAACUUGUAUCAAAGGGAAGGUUCUAACUGCCCCCAUCCACCCGGAGCUCUGCUACAAGCCACAGGACGGGCUAUGGCUACGUCUAUACUUGGGGAAGAGCCGAGAUUUGGAACUACCCCCCUGGCCAUGUUGGCCGCUACCUGCAACAAGAUCGGUAACACGAGCCCCCUGAGCAGCCUCCCGGAGUCCAGCGCCUUCGCCAAGGGAGGCUUUCACCCCUGGAAACGCUCCUCAUCCAGCUGCAGCCUGGGCUCCAGCCUGGGGGGCUUCACGGUGGCCACCAGCCGGGCUUCCAGCGCCCUGAGUGGGGGCACAGCCUCCGCCAACAGCGCUUUCUGCCUGGCCUCCACCUCCCCGACCUCCUCAGCCUUCAGCAGCGACUACAGCGGGCUCUUUUCGGGCUCCGCGGGUGUGUCUCCCCAGGAGGCCGCCGGACAGUCCGCAUUCAUCUCCAAGGUGCACGGUGCGGCCGAGGGGCUGUACCCCCGCGUGGGCAUGGCUCACCCCUAUGAGUCCUGGUACAAGUCCGGCUUCCACUCCGAGGUGGCCAACGGUACGUCCUGGUGGGACGUGCAUGCCGCCAGCCCCAGCACCUGGCUAGAGGUCCAGAACCCCCCAGCGGCCGCAGCAGCCCUCCAGGGGGCCCUCCACGCAGGGUCCCCUCAUAGCCAGCUCAGCGGAUACAGCCCGGACUUCAGCUCCCUCACCCACUCAGCCUUCAGCUCCACCGGUCUGGGCUCCAGUGCAGCCUCCCACCUGCUCUCCACCGGCCAGCACCUCCUCACACAGGAGGGCUUCAAGCCUGUCCUGCCCUCCUACCCGGAUUCCGGCAGCUCCAUGCUCUCCGGGGCCUCGGGAGCCGCUGGUGGAGCCACUGGUCGCUCCGCUCGCCGAUACUCUGGGCGGGCGACUUGCGACUGCCCGAACUGCCAGGAGGCGGAGCGGCUGGGCCCCGCGGGGGCGAGUCUGCGGAGGAAAGGUCUGCACAGCUGCCACAUCCCGGGCUGCGGAAAGGUGUACGGCAAGACCUCCCACCUCAAAGCCCACCUGCGCUGGCACACCGGGGAGAGACCCUUCGUCUGUAACUGGCUCUUCUGCGGGAAGAGGUUCACCCGGUCCGACGAACUCCAGCGGCACCUCCGCACCCACACCGGCGAGAAACGCUUCGCCUGUCCGGUAUGUAACAAGCGCUUCAUGAGGAGCGACCACCUCAGCAAGCACAUCAAGACCCACAAUGGGGGCGGUGUGGGGGGCGGCAAGAAGGGCUCUGACAGCGACACGGACGCCAGUAACCUGGAGACCCCCAGAUCUGAAUCCCCUGAACUCAUCCUGGAGGGGGUCAGGCCGGGCAAAGACUCUGCCAAUGACUCUUAGGGGACCAUGGGACUCCUUCCUGGGGGUGCAGCCACUCCUGGGGACUCGCUAUGGGGGUGCAACCACUUCUGGAGUGCAAGAUAACUCUCUAUGGGGGUGCAAACACUUCCGGGGUGAAGGAGGACUCUCUGUGGGGUUGCAACCACUUCAGGGGUUCAGGAGGACUCUCUGUGGCGGUUCACUCACUUCUGGGGUGCAGGAGGACUUUCUAUGGGGUGCAAUCACCUUUGGGGUGGAGAAGGACUCUCUUUGGGGUGCAAGCACUUCUGAGGUACAAGAUGACUUUCUAUGGAGAUUCAACCACUUCUGAGGUGCAGGUGGACUUUCUAUGGGGUGCAAUUCACCCAGUGUCAGAGUGACUCUUUUCUUUGAGGGACCAGUCAUCAGAAAGGUUCAGAGACACUUCUAUGGGUGCAGCUCCUCUGGGUUGCAGUUUGACUGUUUAAAGAACCACUUGACUCCUUUCGUGAGAUGGUUCGACCUCUUUAUUCCUUGGUAAGCUGGUUCGACCUCUUUACUCCUCGGUGAGGUGGACUGUACUGGUUUGUAAAAGCAAAAUGCUAAAUCAGAAAAAAUACUGCAAAACUAUACAAAAAAAGAGCAAUAGGAGCAGAUGUUUGAGUACAAGCACUCAGACCUUUUGUGAUUUUUUUUCCCCCCUCCCCCUAAACCUACUUUCAUGGUUUUAUUGAAAAAACAACAUGAACCUCUAAUUCAACGGUGGAUUAUGGCACUAAAAAAACACCCCUUCUUUGUGAUCCAUUUCCGAACCAUUUUAAUAUCAAAGAAACAUUUUUAGAAAUAAAUAAAAAAUAUAUAAAAAAAAAAACCAAAAGAUCAAAAAGAUUUCAAGGUGAGAAGUUAAAACAUUGAGGACAAAAAAAAGGAAAAAAAAUUGGACAUUUUUUUCUGUUUUUCCUAUAUCCUGUAUAAAAAAGGUUGCAAGAGGUUGUGUUGAUUUUCCUUUUUAACUGUAAAUGU